AUGGAUCAGACUGGCACGAAGCAACGUUUUCACUUUAUCUGGAUCCAUGCAUUUCGUUACAGUCAGAGUGAAAGGAUGUGGUGUGAGUACACACUAUUACUGGUUGUGACUCACCCAGUGCUGUUGUGGAGAAACGAAGCAGAUGACUUUCAAGCUGCUUUUAGAGUUCUCUAUUCAUUUCGAGCUCCGUGUCAGCUAGAGGUUGGUGUUGGCAUGUGGAGUGGUGUAGCAGUUGCUGUCAAGACAUUUUAUGAAGAACCGGUUAGAGUAACUGAUUUCAAUAUUUCAUUGAUUCGACGUGAAGUGUCGGUGUCCAGUCGUGUCCAUCACCCCAAUGUCGUAUCCAUCUGUGGAGCUAUCGUUAAGAAUAGAGUUCCUCUUCGUAUCGUCAUGGAGCUUUUGGAAGGAUCGCUGAAAGAUGUGAUCAAUGCUGCUAUUGAAAAUCAGAUAUCUCUGCAGCCUGCUGUUCUUCAUGGAGACAUUCGCUCUACCAACAUUCUCAUCAGCGAGACCAUGGAAGCCAAAAUUGGUGAUCUGGGCUCUUGUCGCUUCUCUAACGAGUCACUUUCUGUCGGUCCUCUUAGUCCAGAAUACAUUGCACCAGAACGAGUUGUGGACGAUGGUGCAGUUGCCCCACGCAACACAACACAAGCCGACAUGUACAGCUUGGGAGUCACGUUUGUUGAGUUAUUCACAGGAGUUGCUACAGAUAGGAAAGUGCGUGAGAGGCAGUUUCAAACUGUUCCUUAUGUUCCACUGCAGGACAUUUGCUAUGCUAUGGCAGAAGAGAAUCCACGUGAUCGCAUUUCUGCAAGAGCAGCUCUCAUGCAAGUGAAUGCGGUGAAGCAGAAUGAUGAGUACACUUCAUGUCCUCCCAAAAGGAUGGUGAAAGGCAAGAAACGCAAAGAAGACAAAGUGACACUCAUAGAGAUGCCGUGGAUGUGA